UGGUCAUGCAAAAAAAAAUUCGCUUUGUUUUGGCUUUCUGCGUUGUCGGCUCUCUCUUGCGGUUUAGCACAAGCUGGAUGAGAAUCUCUUUUGUCACUGCCACCACCUCACCUUCAUUCUUUUCUGUGGUUCAUGCAUUCCUUAUGACAUGAGUGGGUUUCGGUUUCCAUUAUCAAAACUUGGUGCUUGAAAAUAAUUGUUGUGGAUUUUCUGAGCCUAAAGCUGCUGCCUGUUGGAGUUUCACAUUCCCUUUUAAGGGAAAGAGCUAUCUCAAGGCCAAGCAAAAAAGGAAACAAAUUUCUUCUGGGUUUGAACCAGAGGUGGGUGGUGUGAGUUAGGGUUUUUGUUGGCGGGUUGAAUAUGAAAAAGAAGGGUGAUGAGGAAAAGGGUUCCUCGGAUGUGGGUGGGAAACUGGUGGUGGUUGCUGUUAAAGCAUCAAAGGAAAUUCCAAAGACUGCUUUGUUGUGGGCUUUGACUCAUAUUGUUCAACCUGGAGAUAGCAUUAAGCUGCUGGUGGUUAUUCCCGCUCAUCCCUCAAGUAAAAGGAUUUGGGGCAUUUCGAGAUUCACCAGUGAUUGCACCAUUGGUCACUGGUGGUCUCUGGCAGGAACCCGUUCAGAUCAGAAGGAUGAUAUUGCAGAUUCAUGCUCUCAAAUGGUGCUUCAACUCCAUGAUGUUUAUGACUCAGAGAAGAUAAAAGUCAGGAUAAAGAUUGUUUGUGGCUCGCCAUGUGGAGUGGUAGCCGCUGAGGCCAAGAGAGCCCGAUCAAACUGGGUUAUACUGGAUAAACGAUUGAAAAAUGAAAAGAAAUACUGCAUUGAAGAGCUGCAAUGCAAUCUUGUGGUUAUGAAGCAAUCUCGGCCAAAGGUUCUUCGUUUAAAUUUGGUAAAUUCGACAAAGAUGGAAUCUGAAGUGGGUUGUGCAUUAUCAUCUGAAUUUGAAAAAUCUCCAAAAACUCUGAAAAGCAAGUUUGGACAAUUGAAUAUGAUUAGGGGACCAGCUGUUACUCCUGCAAGUAGUCCAGACCAUGAGUCACCAUUUACUACAACUGAUGUUGGAACGUCAUCAAUAUCUAGCUCAGAUCUAGGGACUUCACCAUUUUUCCUUUCUGAAACUUGUGGGAGCUUAAAGAGUGAUCUUCAAUUUACCACUAAAGAAGAUGAAAAUCUGGAUGAAUGUGACUCUGACACAGAUAGUGAAAAGAUGAGUACUUGUUCCACAAAUUCAAUUUUCCAUCCAUGGAUGGCAAGCUUUCUCAGGUCCAACAGUGAAUAUUCAAAACACACGGUGGAAGGUUCACAAAGAAAUGGGGGGAAGGUUCUAACCUCCACAUAUGAAGCUUUGCUGGGGAAAUUGUCUAUAGUAGAUCAAGAUCCUCGUACUGGAGUGCUGAAUUAUAAGCUUGAUCAGGACCUACGCAAAAGUGUAAGAGAAGCAAUUUCACUAUCCAGAAAUCUACCUCUCGGCCCUCCUCCAUUGUGUUCUAUCUGUCAGCACAAGGCACCUAUAUUCGGGAAUCCUCCAAGGUGGUUCACUUUUGCUGAACUGGAAUUUGCUACAGGUGGAUUUUCACAAGCAAAUUUUUUGGCUGAAGGUGGAUUUGGUUCUGUACAUCGAGGUGUCUUACCAGACGGUCGGGUUAUUGCAGUCAAGCAACACAAACUGGCUAGUUCUCAAGGUGAUCUAGAAUUUUGCUCAGAAGUUGAGGUCUUAAGCUGCGCACAACAUCGUAAUGUUGUGAUGCUAAUUGGGUUCUGUGUGGAGGAUGGAAGAAGAUUGCUGGUUUAUGAAUUCAUUUGCAAUGGGUCUUUGGAUUCUCAUCUUUAUGGAAGAAGUAAAAAUCUGCUAGAAUGGCCUGCACGACAAAAAAUUGCAAUUGGAGCAGCUCGUGGGUUGAGAUACCUUCAUGAGGAAUGUAGAGUCGGCUGUAUUGUCCACCGCGAUAUGCGGCCUAACAACAUCCUUCUCACCCAUGAUUUUGAACCAUUAGUGGGAGAUUUUGGACUGGCAAGGUGGCAGCCAGAUGGAGACAUGGGAGUGGACACAAGAGUAAUUGGAACAUUUGGGUACUUGGCUCCAGAAUAUGCUCAAAGUGGCCAAAUCACAGAAAAAGCUGAUGUUUAUUCCUUUGGGGUAGUGUUGGUGGAGCUUGUUACAGGGAGGAAAGUUAUGGACAUGAACCGGCCCAAAGGCCAGCAGUGCCUCACUGAAUGGGCACGACCUUUGCUAGAAAAACAAGCUAUUCAUGAACUGGUAGAUCCAUGCUUGAGGAACUGCUACUUAGAGCAUGAGGUUUAUCGCAUGCUGCAAUGUGCCUCCUUGUGCAUCCGGCGGGAUCCCCAUUCGAGACCUCGCAUGUCUCAGGUGCUUCGAAUGUUGGAGGGUGACAUUGUCAUGUAAUCAACCAAUCACCUCUUGAGCCUCUUGAAAACAGCAUGGGGAAAGUUUUGACCAGAGAAGGAGCAGCAUUACAAUAGAGAUCAAGUAGGAGGUUCUCCUGCAGAGUGAAGGGAGCAGAAGUUCUUGUAAAAGGACACCAUUUGUAGACAGUCCACAUGAUAGCAAUACUUAGAUUGCUUUGCCUUUCUUAUAUUACUUGAACACAGACUUACAGUAGCAAUUAUGGCUGUACAGUUUUGAGAAUACGAGAAAAUGUAAAUGACAUCUCUUUUUUUUCUUUUUUUUUUUAGGGGUGGAGGGUUAGCAAAUUCCCUUGUGGACAUUCAUAUAUUUUUGGUAAUGAGGAAAUGUAUCUUUUACUCUAA